CAGUCGCACAAAGCUCUACUAUCCGCAAAGCUCCAGGUGAAUUCCAAGGUUGCCCAGGUGGUAUCGAGACGCCUCGCCAUCACGGUGCGCUCAUGCUCACAUACAUAUAGGUUUCAAACUAUCUUCCACAUCUCCGUUCCCUCCGCUACCACAUUCUCUUUUCCAUCUCUCUUUGGCUUGCUCUUUGUUUAUUACAGCAAGCUACUAUAAUUCUCCAGGGCUGUUAGGAUUGUCUUACCCAUCACGUCUUGUCAUCUGAAAAGUCACAAACACCAUGUCGGACCUUUCAAUCCAACUCGAGACCCCGCACUCGGGCAAAUACACCCAGCCUACCGGCCUGUUCAUCGACAACGAGUUCGUCAAGGGUGUCGAAGGCAAGACCUUCGAGGUCAUCAACCCAUCCACCGAAGAGGUCAUCUGCUCCGUCCACGAGGCCGGUGAGAAAGACGUGGACAUCGCCGUCGCCGCCGCGCGAAAGGCAUUCGAGGGACCAUGGCGCAAGGAGACCCCGGAGAAGCGAGGCAAGCUGCUCAACAAGCUGGCCGCUCUCUUCGAGCAAAACAUCGAUCUCCUCGCUUCGGUUGAGUCAUUAGAUAACGGCAAGGCCGUCACAAUGGCCAAGGGUGAUGUUGGCGCUGCUGCGGCCUGUCUCCGAUACUACGGUGGCUGGGCGGACAAGAUCGAGGGCCGAGUCGUCGACACCUCACACGACACCUUCAACUACGUCAAGAAGGAGCCCAUUGGUGUCUGUGGACAGAUCAUUCCAUGGAAUUUUCCAAUCCUCAUGUGGUCAUGGAAGAUCGGACCAGCUAUUGCCGCUGGUAACACUGUUGUCAUGAAGACCGCGGAGCAGACGCCCCUUAGCGCUCUCGUGGCGGCUACCUUGAUCAAGGAGGCUGGCUUCCCUCCUGGUGUCAUCAACAUCAUAUCGGGCUUCGGAAAGAUUGCGGGAGCAGCCAUUGCUUCGCACAUGGACGUUGACAAGGUCGCUUUUACUGGAUCCACCGUCGUCGGUCGCACCAUUCUCAAGGCGGCUGCAAGCUCGAACUUGAAGAAGGUUACCCUUGAACUGGGCGGCAAGAGCCCGAACAUCGUGUUCGAGGACGCUGACCUCGACAAUGCCAUCUCAUGGGUCAACUUCGGUAUCUUCUUCAAUCACGGCCAGUGCUGCUGUGCUGGUUCGCGUAUUUACGUCCAAGACACUAUCUAUGACAAGUUCUUGGAGAAGUUCAAGGCGCGUGCUGCAGCGAACGUCGUUGGUGACCCAUUCGCCAAGGACACCUUCCAGGGCCCGCAAGUGUCACAGGUCCAGUUCGACCGUAUCAUGGAGUACAUCAAGCAGGGUAAGGAGGGCGGUGCCACCAUCGAGACCGGAGGCAAGCGCAAAGGCGACAAGGGUUACUUCAUUGAGCCUACCAUCUUCUCCAACGUGACCGAGGACAUGAAGAUCGUGCAAGAGGAGAUCUUCGGCCCUGUCGUCACCAUCAGCAAGUUCUCCACCAAGGAGGAGGUCAUCAAGGCUGGAAACGGCACCACCUACGGUUUGGCCGCCGCCAUCCACACCAAGAACCUCAACACUGCCAUCGAGGUCUCGAACGCACUCAAGGCCGGUACCGUCUGGGUCAACACCUACAAUACCAUCCACCACCAGCUGCCUUUCGGAGGUUACAAGGAGAGCGGAAUCGGUCGCGAGUUGGGUGAGGAUGCAUUGGCCAACUACACUCAGACCAAGACCGUCAGCAUUCGUCUCGGCGAUGCUCUGUUCGGUUAAGCCGGUUGCUUGGGCCUAGGUGAAGGAAACGGAAAGGCGACAUGAAAUCAUGAGAAAAGGCGACAGACUGUGUAACGAAUCUCGUAUGUACUGUAUGAACAUCUCAAAAUGACAUCGGUGAA